CAUGGGGUGCGGUUCUUCGGCUGCAAAGAAUGCGGUUGCCGUUCUACCACCUGAAGAAGAGGACCAUAUAAACAAUGAUCACACCACAGACAAAGUGGUUAAUGGUGCUGACAAUUCUGUGGAAUCUGCCGUUAACUGUAAUGGAAAAACCGAAACUAUUAAGAUGCCCACUGGUGACCCGAUCACAGUGAGCCUCAGCCCGGAGUCAGAGGUACUACUACUCAAGAAUGGAAACGUUAGAGUAGAUCUAGCGUUAAACAGCGCUGCUGUUAGUGGUCCUAGUAUUAAUGCAAAUACGGGGAAACCAUUGGCGGCAGCUUUUGAUGAAUGCAACGAGAAAAACUUGGACGAACCAGCUCUACCAGUGGUGUCUACUGAAGUGCUUCCUCUAUCUCCACCCCUCCCAUCACACGUGGACAAACCUACUUCACAACACAAUAGCCCCCCGAUGGAAGAAUGGAUGGUAGCUGACCAGGUGGCAGAUACCUGCCCGACAUCCACUACACAAACCCUUCAACAUCUGACUGAUUGUUUGAAAUGUGGUCUAACUGGCACUCUGCUGGCUCGUGCCAUCUUCAGGUGGAUCACGAGUAAUAUUAAGUGGCAGAAGGGAGGGUCCCAACAGCCGGAGAGUGUCCUGAGUAGAGGUGUAGCAGAGGAUGAGGGCUACGCUGCUCUCUUCGCUGCUAUGUGUGACCAGUGCUACAUCAACAGUCACAUGGUGAAAGGUCAUAUAAAGACACCUGACUACCUGCCAGGCUCCAAUCCUGAUCCUGAUCAGCAUUGGUGGAAUGUUCUGGUUCUGGAGACGGGUACUUACACAGUGGACUGCUGCAGAGGAGCGGGGUUGGUCCGAGACGGUACUUUCCACCCUUUGUUCAAUGAUUUCUAUUGGCUGCCACUUCCCUCGGAAAUCUUGUACACCCACUACACUGAUAAUCCUGAAUAUCAAGGUUGUACCACAUUCUACUCCCCUGAGGAAUGGAUAAUGCUACCAAAAACCACUCAUCUCUACCAUCAAUAUAACUGCGAGAUAACAGGAGAGUUGAAGGGAUCGUUCCAGGCUGACAAUGAAAGUUUACUUCACACAAACUUCACCCUUCCUUGCCACGUCAUCUGUACUGCUCAUAUAAUAAGAUUGAACCCAAAGCAGAAGCUCCCCCCGUCGUAUUCCUACGUACAUCGAGACAGAGAGAAAUGCACGGUAUAUUCAGGUUAUCCACACCCUGGAACUUAUCUUUUGAGAUUAAUGGGCCAGACACGAAACGCCCUCAACGAAGGAAUGGAGAAGAUAGUCGAGCUCUCAGUCACCGUUUCAAAGGGACGAGGAACUGACACCCUGUAUCCGGUUAUAAUGAACCGUUCCAAAGAGUUCCUACUUGUGGGUCCACUUAUGGGACAACUUAUCAGACAUAUGUCAGCUUAUUUUCACUGUAAUGUCAAAGGCGCAUCUCAGGUGUCCGUACUCGUUGGCGGAGAUGUCUUUCCCCUCAAGAAGAUAAGUGAUGACAGAGACAUAUUAAUCAGAUCUAAAAAUUCUGAGAGACGAUUAAACCGUGCCAAAGACAAUGAAACAGUAACAGUAACAGUAAAUAAAUCCCCAAACAAAACUGCUGAUCCCUCAGAAACGACAGCAGUAGCAUCUGAAUCAGCCCUGACCCAAGCAGCAUCUGCUAUAGCAAUAGCUGCACUUAUGGCGGCUUCCAAAGAAGAAACGGCUCCCACAGAAACUGUGCCGUCUCCAAUCAGCCCAGCGGACUAUUACACUACCAUCUGUGUGACACCAGCCUCUCCGCCCUGUGACUCAGUUCCCGACUCAGACGUCACCACAGUUUGGGCUGGGGAGGCCCUUGUUUCUAGCAGGGAGGUAUUCCUUGCUGCUUUCUUCACAGAGAACAUUGAAUAUACCAAGCUAGUCAGGUUCCACUCUAAACUCAUAUGACCAAUACUGCUAAACAGUCUUGACUGAGGCGGCUUUAUACCGGCAAGUUCAUAUUAAAUGGUGAAUUUUACCUGAAAGCUAAUAAUAAUUAGACAUCAAAUUAUAGAUUUUGACUUCAGAGCACUCAUUUUGGUGCCAAUUUAAUGCAUGCGUUAUUUUAAAUUAUUAUGUAAAGAUUACUUUAGUUUAGUGUAAAUAUUUGACCGAUUGAAGCAAAGCCGUUAUAAAUAGACCCUAGCGGUCUAGCGUACAACAGAUCCAUGAGGAGAACUUAUGAUAAUGAAUGAUAAAAACAUCCAAUUUCUUCUUGAUGGUACGUUUGAGCCACCAAUGUUAUAUUUGCAGCUGGAACAUUUUACAAGGAAAUGUAGCGGCCUCCGGAUUUGUUUGCGUUUUAAUGGAAAGAUGGAAAGAGUUGUUAUAGCUCACGUUUCAUCUCCUACUGUUAAGUUCAUGAUUAAUGGUAACGAUUUGUAUUCAACGUAUAAUAAUUACUAGGUACACUUUUCUUUUUUUAACCUUCAUUGCUCAUGAACUUGUACUUAAAAGGUAAUUUUAGUAGCGUCAUUAUCCUUUGAAUUAUUUAAAAACCAAAUUUAAUAAAUCUUCUUUACAAUGCGU